AUGAGGUACUCAAUCACACAGCUUACAGCUGUUCUCACAACUCUAUCCACAACAGCUCAUUCUGCCGUCCUUCCACGGGAGAAGCAAGGGUCCUGCACGAAGACCAAGGUCGCUAUCCUCGGAGCCGGCGUUGCUGGCAUAGCAGCAGCCCAAAACUUGACAAAAGCAGGCAUCGACCAGUUCAUCAUUGUAGAACAUAAUGACUACAUUGGGGGGCGAAUGAGGAAACAAUCCUUUGGCAAGAAAGCAGAUGGACAACCUUACACUAUUGAGUUCGGCGCCAACUGGGUUGAGGGUAUCGGAUCAGAAGCUACACAUGAAAAUCCCAUCUGGCUGUUGGCAAAGAAGUAUAACUUGAAGUCACAUGAGUCAGAUUACGAGAAGUACUUGACAUUCGACCACAAAGGACAGACAAACUGGAGCAGCACGAUCAAAGACCUGGAAGAUAUCUAUAGCAAGGCUGAAGCAGAAGCCGGUCGUCUCCUGCUCGGAAACUUGCAAGAUACUUCCGUACGUGCCGCUAUUCGCUCAGCAGGAUGGCGUCCAGACAAGGACGACAUGCACGCGCAAGCCGCAGACUGGUGGAAAUGGGAUUUUGAAUCCGCUUGGACACCUGAUGAGAGUGGUCUUAUCUUCGGAGUGGCUGGUGGUAAUGCAACAUUCGGCUACUUCAGUGAUGUCAGCAACCUCGUCGUUGACCAGCGUGGCUUUAGCACCAUCAUACAAGAGGAGGCCAAGACGUUCCUGAAGAACGGUGAUGCAAGACUCCGACUCAAGACCACUGUCGAAGGCAUCACGUAUGGAAAAGACGGAGUGACAAUCACAACGGACAAGGGUGAUUGUAUCCAGGCCGACUACGCCAUUUGCACCUUUUCGCUGGGCGUGCUGCAGAGCAACACUACCGAGUUCAGCCCUCCUCUCCCCGACUGGAAGCAAAGUGCCAUUGACCAGUUUGCAAUGGGCACGUACACAAAGAUCUUUAUGCAGUUCGAGGAGGCUUUUUGGGAUAACGAAACGCAAUUCUUCCUGUAUGCCGAUCCUCUCGAGCGUGGCCGGUACCCUCUCUUCCAGUCACUCAACCCAGAAGGUUUUGCGCCGGGCUCUAACAUUCUCUUCGGAACUGUGACUGGAGAGCAGGCAUGGCGCGUGGAACGUCAGACCAACAAUGAAACGAUGGAACAGAUUCUCGAGGUCUUGAGACUGAUGUUUCCCGACAAGAACGUGACGACACCAACUGCUUUUACUUACCCUCGCUGGAGUACUGAACCUUGGGCAUACGGCUCCUACAGCAAUUGGCCUGUCGGCAUGACUCUCGAGAAGCAUCAGAACAUGCGCGCCAACGUUGAGCGUCUCUGGUUUGCCGGAGAGGCUAACUCUGCGGAAUUCUUCGGUUUUCUGCAUGGCGCAUAUACUGAAGGUCGUGAUAUCGCUAACAAGAUUGGCAAUAUCCUCAACGGAAAGGCUGGCGAUGAUGAGUUUGACAUGGAGAGGUACGAGAACCUUCAUGGAACGACAUUUGUGGAUGAGUAUGAUGAGGACAACGGAUGGUUGUUCCCGUAUGACGUCGACGGGGAUGAAGAAUAG